CGUUCACAGAAAUACGAGCCAGAGAACCAUGAUAUUAACACCGGCGCCACUUCCACCGCCGCUUUUUUCUACCACGCGCCACCGCGUACGGCAAACAACAGUAUAUUUUAAUCGGAAAACAAAUCUUCUUCUUCCACGAACAGCUGCUUCCGUCGUAGUCCGUGACGUGGAUGCCUUUACGGAGUCUUCUGGCUAUCUAUUUGAACUCAGCUCGUCGGAGGCUGAAUCCUUGACGGAUUACAACAUCUCCAAAAUCGCUUCAAUUUAUCGGAAAAAACCUCUGAUAGUUCUCCGGAGACUUCUUCAAAUCGGCAACACACUCGGCAAAUGGCUCGCAUUCAGAUACCUUGAUAGCAUUUUGGAGCGUUCCGACUUGAUGUUUGAGGUUAGAGCUUCGCAGUUGCGCCAAAUACUGGUGAAGCUUGGACCGGCAUACAUAAAAAUUGCUCAGGCCAUCUCAUCUCGACCUGAUCUAAUACCACCAUCAUAUCUCAACGAGCUUUCAUUAUUACAAGACCGAAUUUCACCAUUUUCAACUGAAGUUGCAUUUAACACGAUUGAAAAAGAACUUGGGUCACCACUGGAUCAAAUCUUCUCCGAGAUCUCACCAGAACCUGUGGCUGCAGCAUCCCUUGGCCAGGUCUACCAAGCUAAACUCCGGUCAAGUGGUGAGAUAGUUGCAGUCAAAGUGCAAAGGCCUGGAGUUCAAGCUGCCAUUUCAUUAGACAUAUUGAUCCUACGUUAUCUUGCAGGUUUGAUUCGAAGAGUAGGGAAGUUCAAUACUGAUCUUCAGGCUGUUGUUGAUGAAUGGGCAUCAAGCCUCUUUCGGGAGAUGGAUUACGUUAAUGAAGCAAAAAAUGGAAUUAGGUUCAGAGAGCUAUAUGGAAAUCUAAAGGAUGUUUUGGUUCCAGCUAUGUAUGUAGAUAAUACAACUCGUAAGGUUCUCACUAUGCAAUGGGUAGAGGGUCAAAAGCUAUCUGAAGUGAAGGAUCUUUAUCUAGUGGAGAUAGGAGUGUAUUGCUCAUUUAAUCAACUUCUAGAAUAUGGAUUCUAUCAUGCUGAUCCACACCCUGGAAACCUACUUCGUACAUAUGAUGGGAAACUAGCAUAUUUAGAUUUUGGAAUGAUGGGUGAAUUCAAGCAAGAGCUUCGUGAUGGGUUCAUUCAAGCUUGCCUUCAUCUAGUAAAUAAGGAUUAUGAUGCAUUGGCAAAAGACUUUGUUACCCUUGGGUUGCUUCCUGCAACUGCUGACAAGGAUGAAGUCACAAAGGCUUUAACAGGGGUUUUUCAGAAUGCUGUUUCCAAAGGAGUCCAAAAUAUUAGCUUUGGGGAUCUUUCAGGAAACCUUGGAACCACAAUGUACAAGUUCAAAUUUCAGAUCCCUUCGUACUUUUCUCUUGUUAUUAGAAGCCUGGCAGUUCUAGAAGGUAUUGCAAUCAACAAUGACCCGAAUUAUAAAGUUCUCGGUGGGACCUACCCUUGGAUUGCAAGAAAAGUCCUAACUGAUACUUCACCACAACUUAGGUCUUCUUUACAAGCUCUUCUUUAUGAGGAAGGGGUGUUCAGGAUUGAUCGUUUGGAGUCUCUUCUAUCCGAAUCCCUUCGAGCUAGAACAGAGAGAGCUUUGGUCAAAGUAGAAGACAACAAUUCAAAUGUGGUCAUCAAGCAGAUCUUAUCAUUCACAUUAACUGAAAAGGGUGCAUUUGUGAGGGAAAUACUUCUUCAAGAAUUUGCCAAGGGUUUGGAUGCACUUGGGUUGGCGACUUUUGAAUCUUUGACAUAUGCAGCAAGUGCAAAUUUACCAUUUGGCCCUUCCCCUCAAUCUUCAAUAAGUGAUGAAGAUAUGAUAAACUUGAGAAACUUGCUUCGCCUUCUUCACUUAUUAUCAGGAUCUCAAAAGAUUGAAGAUGGAGUUGGCGAUUUCAGUCCCUAUACUAACAAAAGAAUAAAAUCAGAGGAGGUGUAUUUAGCCCUGAACGAGGUUGCAUCUAUUCAAGACAUACUUCCACUGCUUAAUGUAAUUCCUGAGCUUCCUACAGACUUGCAACAACAGUUGAUUCGUCUUCCACUUGAUCUGUUUGGUAAGUUGGUUUCUCGUGUUGCUGCAAGGACUAUACGAAGGGCAUUGUUGUAAUAUUAAUUCAUUUCAAAGAUUUGAUAUAUUGUAUAUAUAUAAUAUUCUGCAAUACAAUAAAAUUCAAGAAGGAUAUGAUUAUUAUUGAGA